AAAAUGUCACUUCCGGAUUUUUUUUCAUGAAAGACUACUGAGAUGGAAAAUCAGACAACUCUAAGUAAUACUCCAACAAUCAGUUCAUGUCCGAUUCCAGAAUACGUUCUUGACGACCUAUGUAGUCGUUUCAUCAUCAACAUACCGGAAGAAGAAAGACAGGAUUUAAUUCGAAUUUUCUUCCAGAUUGAGUUAGCUCAUUGGUUUUACUUAGACUUCUACUGUGCAGAGAAUUCAGAACUUAAAACUUGUGGAAUCAAAGAUUUCUCAUCUCAAGUAUUUAAGCACUGUCCUUUUCUGAGUGGACAUGCUGGAGAAGUGGAUAAGAUUUUGGAGAACUGGAAAUCCUACAAGAUGAGUGUGCCAACUUAUGGAGCCAUUAUCUUAGACCCAGAAAUAAAGCAUGUUUUAUUAGUACAAGGAUUUUGGACCAAAUCAAGCUGGGGAUUUCCUAAAGGCAAAGUAAAUGAGAAUGAACCACCAUAUGAUUGUGCUUGUAGAGAGGUGUUAGAGGAAACGGGUUUUGACAUCACCAAAUUGAUAGACAGAAAUGAAUAUUUAGAAAAUCAUUUCAAUGAUCAGCUGACCAGAUUAUAUAUAGUACCCGGAGUUCCCCUUGAUACCAAAUUUAAACCAAAGACCAGGAAGGAAAUAAAGAGUUUGCAGUGGUUCCCUAUGGAUGCAUUACCUGCACAUAAAAGAGAUAUGACACCAAAAAUGUUAAACAUGACACCAAAUAAUUUCUUUAUGGUUAUUCCUUUUGUGAAAAAUAUUAGGAAAUGGAUCAGAAAUAAACUGUUCCCACAAGAAACAGAUUCAGAUCCACAAGGACAUAUCAAUCUACAAAAACAGAUGAAAAACAGAGAUAGAGAGAAUAAAAAACUUAAACUACAACAGUAUUUUGCUCAGCAGUGCCAACAGGAAUACCAAGAGUUGUAUCCAUUGAAAGAUGGUCAACAGAACAGUACACGAUCAGUAUCUCCUAGGAAAGAUACAUUUUAUAAAUCUAGACAGCAAGUGUCACCUGUCCAACAAAAAACACCUAAAUUAUUGAACAGAGAUGGUACGAUAUCUGGGGGAGGGGGAACACCAAGAAGAAGUUUAGCAAGUCAGUUUGAUAAUCAGGGUUUAGCAUCAAAAGAAAGACCAGACUACAGACAGCCACAAGAAAAAUCUGACUUUUUCAACAGAAUGUUAGUGAAUCCAGAAUCUCCUUUAGAAUCUCAGGACAGAACUGAAUUCUCCAACCGUCCUACAAAGGAUCGGACAGAUCAUCAAAAACGUUACGACAGAGCUAACCAGAACAGACCAACAUAUAACAAACAAUUGUAUGAAAAGACAGGGAACCCCUUACAGGAUAGACAGAGACAAGCUCACAAUAGUCCGAGGCUGAAACCUCAUCAUACAGAUAAAAAUAGAUCAACUUUUACGAAACCUUAUGUUCAAGAUAAAAAAUUUGUCCCAAUAACUGAUCCUGAUGGACUUGGUUCAGAAACAUGGCUGAACUUUAAACUUGAUAUUGAUGCUGUUAUGUCUUGUUUAGCUUAAUGUGAAGUAAUACUUGAGUUAGCUUGUGCUAUCUACCAUGAUAGGAGGAUGAAUUCUUGUAUUGAACUUUAUUUUGAUGGAGAUGUUGUGACAAGCUGAGUAGUAUUUGUAUUUUUGUAACUGAUAGUGUGAUGAAAUGUAAAGUGCUAGUUAUUGAUACUGUAACUGUAGUAAAUACAUGAACUACACACAAAUGUCAGUAUCAUUUGUCAAAUGUGGCUGAUUAAGUUUUUGAAAAUUUAAUGCAUCUGAGGUAAUAUUUUAUGAAAUAUACACAAAAGUAUGAGUAGUAGUGGAUUUUUGGUAUAUGUCAUUUCAACAGCAAUCCAGCAACACUAAAACAACUACAGAUUUCUAUGGGCCAACAAUUGAUAAGUGUUUACACAACAUGAUAAGCACCAGACCCACCCAAGUUAAGCAAGCAAAGAAGAAAUCGCACAGACUACAUGUAUUAGAAUAUAUCAAGAUGUUUCUUGUGUUUAUCUUGCUCUAUUUACAUAUAGAUAAAAAUUACGGAUUUUCCAUUUUGAAUUUUCCUCAGAGUUCAGUAUUUUUGUGAUUUAACUUUUUAUCAGAGGCAAACAAAUAUUGAACAAGUCUAUAGCUUCUCAAUUUCUAGCUAAGAAAAUGUCACAUGAAUUUUAUCAUUUGAACUUGCAUGACAUUAUUGCUUACCACCUUUUCAUUUGCAACUAUGGUUAAGGAUGUUCGCGUGUCAUAUUUUGGAAUUUUUGUCAGAUUUUCUGAAUCCACUGGUUUUAUCCAUUCAUAUGCAUUAAAUUUUUUGGCCCAUUGACCCUCAUUUUUCUUUUUAUAAAUCUUUUACAUGUAUAAUAUAAGCCAUCUGUAAAAGUCUUACAAAAUCUUUGUUAUUUUUUAAUAGUUUUUGAGAGCUCAAGAGAAAGCAUUUUCCCGCCAAAAUUUCAAUGGCUAAUAUCUCGAAAACAAGCACAUUGACCUAUAUAUUUUUUUUGCUCUUUUGGUUCCUUUAUUUAUCCCCUUUCAAUAUACACUAGUGUUAUGAAAAGCUUGUUAUUUUGAAACUGGGUAGCGAACUUCCUUAAGUUAUUUAAGGUUACAAAUAAAAAAUUAAAUAGAAGAAAUUUGGUCACAACACAAAAAAAUUAUUUUACUUUUACUGUGAUUUAGGUUACAACAACUGACAUGCAUCAUUAUAUGUGUUGAACAUCCGCAGACAGGUUUGUGCUAUACUCUACAAUAAUGCAGUAACACACAUUGUUUGCAAAGAAAUAGCAUGAUAAGAAUCUUUAUUUUAAUCUAAUGAAAAACUUAAGUUGAAAUGUGUGUACUAGGAACUACUCUGAUUUCUACACAUCCAUUUAUUCCAUUAUAUGUUAAAGGUUGUAUGACAAAAGUCAAAAUAUUAUGAUAUUGGACUAAAUGUCAAAAUUAAGGUGCAUUUUGGCUGCUGAAUCCUAAUUAUAUCUGGGUUGCCCACACAACUUCGUCAUUAUAACAAGACAAUAUAAAAUUGUCAUACAAAUCAUAGGCUUAGCUAGCUAUAAAACCAGGUUUAACCCACCACUUUCUUCAGAAAAUGUUUGUAACAAGUCAGGAAUUUAACAGUUUUUUGCAGUGUUCUGUUGGUUUAUAAAGUGGAGCGUUUGGUUUUGUCAAAUUUUAUGGUAUUCCUCAUUUUUAACGAGCAUGCGACUUCUGUCGCAGAAAGCUCGAUAUAGGGAUAGUGAUCCGGCGGCGUAAACAUACUUAUUAAAAGCUUAAUAUUUCAGAAGGUAGAAGACCUGGAUCCUCCAUACUUUGUAUAUAGAUGCCUUAUGUUAUGAAGAUUCCGUCUAUCAUAAAUUAUGUCCAUUGUCCUUGAUCUUAUUUUCUUUGUUCAGUGACUACUUGAAAAAAAAGUUAAGAUUUUUUAGUAUUUUUAAUUUCUCUCUUAUUAUGAGUAAUAGGAUAACUAUAUUGAGUAUGUGCGUACCUUGCAAGGUCUGCAUGCCUGUCAAACAGUUUUCACUUGACCUCAUUUCAUGGAUCAGUGAACAAGAUUAAGUUUUUUUGGUCAAGUCUAUAUCUCAGAUACAAUAAGCAAUAGGUCUACUAUAUUCGGUGUAUGGAAUGAUGGUAAGGUGUACAUGUCUAACUGGCAGGUGUCAUCUGACCUUGACCUCAUUUUCAUUGUUCAGUGGUUAAAGUUAAGUUUUUGUGUUUUGGUAUGUUUUUCUAAUACUGUAUGCAAUAGAUCAACUAUAUUUAGUGUAUGAAAAUAUUUUACGAUGUACAUAUCAGUCUGGCAUGUUUUAUUUGCCCUUGACAUUAUUUUUAGGGUUCAUUCUCAAUGUUAUUUUUUUUUUUUUUUUUGUCUGUUUUUCUUAUACUAUUAGCAAUAGGUCAUCUACAUUUGGUGUAUGGAAUGAUUGUAAAGUGUAUAUGUCUGUCUGGCAAUUAUCAUCUGACCAUGACCUCAUUUUCAUGGUUCAUUGGUCAAUCUUAGGUCUUCCUGGAUAAGUUUGUUUCUUAGAUACUGUAUGCAAUAGUGCAACUAUAUUUAAAGCAUGUAAUGAUUGUAAGGUGUACAUGUCCGUCUGGCAGGCUUCAUCUGACCUUGCCUGCAAUUUCAUGGUUCAUUGGUCAAUCUUAAGUUUUUCUGAUUAUGUUUGUUUCUUAGAUACUAUGUGCAAUAGGUCAACUAUAUUUUAAGCAUAUUUGGUGUAUGGAAUGAUUGUAAGGUGUACAUGUAUUUCCAGAUGAGUUUAUCUGACCUUGACCUCAUUUUCUUGGAUCAUGUUAAGUUUAUGUGAUAGUUGUAGUAAAGCUUUGUAUUUUGGACUAUCGACAUAAAAUCAAUGGUUAUUAAAGAAGGCUAGACAUUUCAUUGUGUGCACUAUUGUUGAUUUACCUUGGAGUUUAGUUUUAUAAAUACAAUUUUAAGAUAACAUGAAAUAAAAUACUUUAUGUUUGUUGUUGCAAUAAGAAGAACAACUUAAUAAACUUUAUAUGCCAGGACUUAAGGGUGUGGAAUAUUUGUUUACUUUCGUCAUGUGAACAUUUUAUGAGUGUACAUACAAGUUUAUCUAGAUUCAGUAAAGUUUUAUGUUGUCCCUUUUUCAGAAUAAAAAUAUUAGUCUUUUACUUAUUAACGAUCCUUUCAUCUUCAGCAUUUGACGCACUGUAAGCUUAACAUGAAUUUCUGGAAGUUUUUUUUUUAAUUUAAUUUCUUAAAAUGUCAUUAGCUGUCAAAUUCAUGUUCACCAAUUUGUUUGAAAUUUUCAUAUUUGAAUUAUAACAUACUAAAAUGUAAAUCCAAAUCAUAAAGAUUCUAAAAUAAACAAUUUGCGAUGCAUGGAAUCGAUAAUAUG